UUGGCGGCGGCACUGCCGGGGAGGGAGGGGGGACGCGGGAGACGCUUCUGCGGCGCUGGCGCCGCGGCUGCGGAGUGCGGCAGCCGUUGGGGUGCGGUUGCCGCCGCGCCGCUCCCUCCCGUCCGCCGCCACAGGUGGCGUGGAGAGAACCGCAGCAUCGCCCUGGCAUGAGCCGCCUCUGUGCCCUGGACAGCUCGCUGCACCCCGAGGAAGCACCAUAGUUAUAUCAUACCCAGAACAUCUUUUUUAAUGCUCCAUCUGAACAACCGAAAUGAGACUGAAGACUUCACUUUUAAAGGAACCGAAACAUAAGGAAUUAGUUAGCUGUGUGGGAUGGACUACAGCUGAUGAGCUGUAUUCUUGCAGUGAUGAUCACCAGAUUAUGAAGUGGAACCUGUUAACUAGUGAGACUACUCAAGUGGUGAAACUUCCAGAUGAUAUUUAUCCCAUAGAUCUUCAUUGGUUUCCCAGAAGUGUAGGUGGAAAGAAGCAGUCCUAUGCAGAGAGCUUUGUUCUUACAAGUUCUGAUGGGAAAUUCCACUUGAUUUCAAAAUCAGGAAGACUAGAGAAAAGUGUAGAGGCACACUGUGGAGCUGUACUUGCAGGAAGAUGGAAUUAUGAAGGAACAGCACUGGUUACAGUUGGUGAAGAUGGUCAAGUAAAAAUCUGGUCUAAAAGUGGAAUGCUGAGAUCCACUUUAGCUCAGCAAGGAACACCAGUGUACUCAGUAGCCUGGGGACCCGAUUCUGAAAAGGUUCUCUAUACAUCAGGAAAGCAGCUGAUUAUUAAACCUCUUCAGCCAAAUGCUAAAGUUUUACAGUGGAAAGCCCAUGAUGGACUUAUUUUAAAAAUUGACUGGAACUCUGUCAAUGAUCUUAUUCUGUCUGCAAGUGAAGACUGUAAAUACAAGGUUUGGGACAGUUAUGGGCGUAUCUUGUACAGCUCACAGCCACAUGAAUAUCCUAUAACAUCUGUUGCCUGGGCUAUGGAUGGGGAAUUAUUUGCUGUUGGGUCUUUUCAUACUUUACGUCUAUGUGAUAAAACUGGGUGGUCUUAUGCUUUAGAGAAACCAAACACUGGCAGUAUAUUUAAUAUUGCUUGGUCUAUUGAUGGAACUCAACUAGCUGGAGCAUGUGGAAAUGGACAUGUCAUUUUUGCCCAUGUUGUGGAGCAACGCUGGGAGUGGAAGAACUUUGAAAUAACAUUAAUUAAGAGGAGAACCAUGGAGGUGCGCAAUGUAAUUAACGAUGCAGUAGAUUUAUUGGAAUUCCGUGACAGGGUUAUUAAGGCCUCUUUGAACUACGGGCAUUUGGUUGUUUCAACUUCUCUUCAGUGUUAUGUGUUUUCUACGAAGAACUGGAAUACACCAAUUAUCUUUGACCUGAAGGAAGGAACAGUUAGUUUAAUUCUACAGGCGGAAAGGCAUUUUCUUCUUACAGAUGGUGGAGGGCUUUAUUUAUAUUCCUAUGAAGGAAGAUUAAUUUCCUCUCCAAAAUUCCCAGGAAUGAGAACAGAUGUUUUAAAUGCCCAGACAGUAUCUCUGAGUAAUGAUACUCUAGCAAUAAAAGACAAAGCUGAUGCAAAGGUUAUCUACAUAUUUGAAGCUUUAUCUGGAAAACCACUGGGUGAUGGAAAGCCUCUAACCCAUGCGACAGAAAUUGUGGAGAUUGCUUUGGAUCAGAAGGGACUCACAAGUGAAAGAAAGAUAGUUUUUAUUGAUAAGAAUAGAGAUCUUCACAUUACUUCAGUUAAAAGGUUUGGAAAAGAACAGAAGAUUGUCAAAAUAGGCACAAUGGUUCAUACUUUGGCUUGGAAUGACACUUCUAACAUACUUUGUGGGAUUCAGGAUACCCGUUUUACGGUGUGGUACUACCCCAACACGGUCUAUGUAGACAAAGAUCUUUUGCCAAAAACUCUGUAUGAAAAAGAUGCAAGUGAAUUUAGCAAAAAUCCCCAGAUUGUGCACUUUGUAGGAAAUCAGAUAACAGUUAGAAGAGCAGAUGGUUCACUUAUUCACCUUAAUAUUUCACCUUAUCCUGCGAUUCUUCAUGAAUAUGUUAGUAGUUCUAAAUGGGAAGAUGCUGUCAGAUUGUGUCGCUUUGUCAAGGAUCAGACUAUGUGGGCCUGUUUAGCUGCUAUGGCAGUUGCCAAUAAAGAUAUGGCUACAGCAGAAAUUGCAUAUGCGUCAAUUGGUGAGAUCGACAAAGUUCAGUUUAUCAAUUUCAUCAAAGAUCUUCCAUCAAAAGAAUCAAGGAUGGCUCAUAUACUGCUGUUCAGUGGAAAUACCCAGGAAGCUGAAACCUUGCUUCUUCAGACAGGCCUUAUUUACCAAGCUAUUCAAAUCAACAUUAAUCUUUACAAUUGGGAUAGGGCACUAGAACUAGCGGUCAAGCACAAGACACAUGUUGACACAGUUCUGGCUUAUCGACAAAAGUUCCUAGAGGACUUCAGUAAAAAAGAAACCAACAAAAGGUUUUUACAGUAUGCAGAAGGUCUGGAAGUUGAUUGGAAUAAAAUCAAAGCCAAAAUAGAGAUGGAAAUUGCUAAAGAAAGACAACGAGCAGCAACAGCAGAUAGUCCAGCAGUAAGAGCUGGUGUAACUGUACAGCAAUAACUGUUAUUUUUGUCAUAUUAACAAGUGUUUUGUGAAUAUUUUUUACAACCAUAUAUUGAUAAAUCUAAGUAAAAAAAGAAAAAAAAAGGAAAAGAAACAUUUUGUGGGGAACAGGGUUGAGAAAUGGUGUAAUUCUUGCUAAUUGUUGGUUGACAGGCGGAAUUAUUUAUUUACUCAGUCCAAUUCUGAGCUGGAGUUACAUUCUGAUUCCCUGACUCCAGUGAAUAGUUACUCAGUAGGCCGUGAUAUAUGUAGGAGAAAAAAAAAGGGAAAAUCGUUUUUGUCUUUCCAUUAUUGGCUUUUAAAUUUUCAUUGCCAUUAAAGUUAUUUAAUCUAAUUCACUCUAGUUAAGCACUGAAUUCUAUGUUUAAGCAUCUAGUUAAGUAAUUUAGUUAUUUCUGCAUCUUCAAGUACCUCUGAAAAGCAGGUGACUUGUUAAAUUGCCUUACAAUGACUGUAACAAAUUAUAAAUGUUGAAAAAAGGAGCUUGCACUUGUAAACUGCAAAAGAAUGUUUCACUUAGUUACACAUAGUUUUGGUAAUAUAUACGCUCAGAAGUUCUUCAGUAGAUGAUUUCAGAUUAUUUCAACAACUCAGAUUUGUCACAGUAACACACUAUUAUUUUAAUGAUAAAAGAUAUCUUUUAAGAAAACAUGCGUUAUCAUGAAAUUAUUAAAGCAUCAUUUAAAAUACUAGGGAAUGUGCUUUGAAUUUUGUUUGAAGUAACAAACAGCUUGGAGGCUGGUUUUGCAGUAUCUAACAUAUGUAUUGACAAUGAUAUUCAGAGCUUCCAAAAGUUAAAGUGUCAUAUUCACUUUUAAAAAGGAAAGCUUUCCAUGUUUUUUUUCUGCCCAAAGCACUCAAUUUUAAACUAGUUCGGUUUAAAACAAUUUGUCGUUGUUAUACAUGUGUAUAACAUGUUUCAUCAAUACAUACUUUUCUUUGUUUUACAUAUGAAAGUGAUGCAUAUUUAGACACCCUUUGCAGAACACUUUUGCAGUAUCAGGCAUGAGUAGACUAUUCAUAAUUAACUUUGUAAAAUAUGCAUUUUUCAAAUAUUACCACCAGUAUGUUAAUUAUCUGUAUAUAUAUUGAAUUUCUUGUGUUUAAUAUUUUGUUUUGUAAAUCAUUAUAUGGCUGA